UGUUUACCCAUCCUCAUGGAUCUUUUCCUUUUCCUAGGUGCUUUCUUCCUAUUUUGUUUGAUGUUAGUCAAAAUUGUAAAGAAAUCCAAGCCUGUAAAGCUCCCACCAGGGCCAAGAAAAUUGCCCAUAAUAGGGAACUUGCAUCACCUUAAUGGCUCCCUGCCUCAUCGAACCCUAGCAGACUUGGCCAAGAAAUAUGGACCCUUGAUGCAUCUUCAGCUUGGUGAAGUUUCAACUGUAGUUGUAUCUUCUGCAGAUGUUGCAAAAGAUUUUCUGAACAAAUAUGAUACCAUAUUUGCUAAUAGGCCUACUCUUCUUACAUCAACCAUACUCUUUUACAAUAACACUCAUAUUAGCUUUUCUCCUUAUGGCGAUUAUUGGAGACAACUACGCAAGAUCUACACGAUGGAGCUGUUGAGUGCAAGGCGUGUCCAGACAUUCCGAUCAAUUAGGGAAGAUGAAGUCUUAAAUAUGAUCAAAUCAAUCUCUUCAGAAGAAGGAUCAGUUGUUAAUUUUACCACUAAGUUGUCUUCUCUGACAUUGAGCAUCACUGCUCGGGCUGCUUUUGGUAAAAGAAGUAAAUACCAUGACGAGUUCUUGUCACUUAUGAACGAAGUUGUGAUAUUGCUUUCAGGGUUCAACGUCGUGGACAUGUACCCUUCUUUCAAGAUUCUCGAGAGAAUUACUGGAAUUAGACGUAAGCUGGAGAGGUUACACAAACAGAUUGAUGAAGUACUUGAAAACAUUCUCAAUGAGCACAAAGUCAAAAGAGCGGGGUGGAAACCUGGAAAUGGAGAAGCAAAGCAGGAUAUAGUUGAUGUUCUUCUAAAUAUUCAAGAAUCUGGGGAAUUUGGAGCUCCACUUACUGACAAUAACGUCAAGGCGGUCAUCUUUGAAAUAUUCUUUGGCGGCGGGGAGACGUCAUCAACAACUAUGGCAUGGGCAAUGGCUGAAAUGAUUAAAAACCCAAGACUAUUAAAAAGAUCCCAAGAUGAGGUACGACAAAUAUAUGGUGAAAUGGGCAACGUUGAUGAGUCACGACUUCAUGAAUUGAAAUACUUGCCAGCAGUUAUCAGAGAAACUUUAAGAUUGCACCCUGCUGGUCCAUUUUUACUUCCCAGGGAAUGUAGCGAGCAAUGUGAAAUUCAGGGAUAUGAAAUUCCUGUCAAAGCCAGAGUCUUUGUCAAUGUCUGGGCAAUUGGUCGAGAUCCAGAACACUGGACUGAAUCUGAGAAAUUCAUCCCAGAGCGGUUUCUUGAAUCUGAAACCGAUUUCAAGGGAAAAACUUUUAAUUAUAUACCAUUUGGGGCGGGAAGAAGGAUGUGCCCUGGCAUAUCAUUUGCUCUUCCUAACAUCGAGCUACCUCUUGCUCAACUUCUCUACCACUUCGAUUGGAAGCUCCCUGGUGAUUUGAAUCCAGAACUACUAGACAUGACUGAGGCCUUUGGCCUUGCAGUCAGGCCAAAACAGGAUCUGCUUCUGAUUGCUAUUCCUUACCACUCUUCUUCUAUCUAAGAAAAUUUGUUAGUCAA